GCCGGAACACUCAUCUUUGAACCACGCCCAGUUCAUUGACGCACCAAGCUUUUGUUUGAACUUCAAAUGUUUAAACAAUUUCCCGCAACUAUAAAAACAGUCCAACCAAGUGGGUUUUACAGCGAAACAAUGUGGAGUCGCCUCGCUUUGGUUGCCAUUUUCGGUGUUUGGUGCACUACUGACGGGGAAUGUCAGCCGAGUGAUGGAGCGGCUGCGCCAUCUAGGGUCCCCCAGACGAUCAAAGCGAAGACAUGGCAACGACCCCCCAUCAUCCUGCCUCUGAAUAGCUACGCCCUUGACAAGGAUGGAGCUAGGACGCAGACUCUGGUGAGACCGGCAGUGUUGCCGCCCGCCGAAGGCUUCAACCCAUUGUUGUCAUCCAAGUCGAGAGGUCAACCCUCAAACUGGCAGGGCAUUGACUUGUGCCAAACCGGAAACAGCGCGCCAGCGGCUGCAGAUGCAGUCUCGUUAGCUGUGGCCUUCCGGCAGGCGCAGGAGCCGCGGGUGGGGGACGAUCGGCUCUUCUACGGCUUCCGCACCCUUCCAGUGGAAAGUCCAUGCGUCCAACCGGCGCAGCCGACCAAAAGCCCCCCUUCCCAAGACGAGAACAUCUACGCCCUCAAUGGGCAAAUAGUGGAACUGCAGCCUAGUCAACAGAACGACGACCUUUCGGAGGAGGCUGUCAGCCAACUACUGGAUUUGGGCCUAUCAGAGGAGGCCUCCAGGCGCCCCCCCUCACUCCAAGGGCCGUCGCUGGCCGACCUGGGCUACAGCCCUGUGAGAGUUGUUUCAGCUAAGUUUGUGCCAGAUGCCAACUGCGCCCAACCGCCCACGUUGCCUUCCGUCACUCCAGUGGCGUGCCUUGGAGGAUUCCAGGCGGGCGCAGUGGCGUACAAGCCAGCCCAAGUGAAAAUUCUCAGAAAAACACGCAAAGAACCGCAGAACUUGAGCGUGCUGGCCAGUCUUGAGCAGCGCACUGCAUUGAAUCGCAGUUCGUGAUUUCCUGAGUUGAAGGAAAGUGAUUGUGCAAAAAAACUGAAAAAACCGAGGGGGCGAAGCCCUUGAAUAAAUGUAUAGAGAUUG